AUGACGUCUGCAAAGAUUAUGCAGGCGGUCUCUUCUGCAACAGGGCACUCACUCCCCCUCCGUCUCCGCCAUUGAUAAUCUCAAGCCCGUACCUUCUCAGCCGACCAAACCAUACGAUCCCGUCGUCUCUGUGCUUCGCGUAGGAUUCUAAUAAACCCUCUUCUGACGGUGUCCGGAUAAGGUCAUGGAUUCUUCCGACGACGAGGCCGAGAAGCGGCCGGAGCUCGUCUCGAACUACUACUUCUUGGACCACGACGACGAGCCCAUCUCCUUCUCGGUGCUCCCCCUCCUGUGGAAUGAGCAGGAUAGCGUGAACCCUCAUGAGGACUCCAGUGGUCCGAAGGGUGGCGUAUUUCUGCACGGGAGCGCUGACAAGGGGCUGAAGGCGAUAUACAGGGAGGUCCAGGCGUGGAAGAUUGACCUGAACAAUGUGAGCGCUGAGAUAUCCGUGCUCUCCAAGGACAACUGCUGGUUCAAGCUCCAGAAGCCGAGGAAGAGCUACGAGGGUACGAUCAGGAACGUGCUGAUCACCGUGAAUUGCUUGCAUUACUUGAAGAGGAACCCCGAGUCGUCAGCCAAAUCUCUCUGGGACUACAUGGCUAAGGCUUUUAGGUUGUACGAGGUGAGGCCAGGUGCAAAAGACUUGGCAAAUCACACAUCUUUGGUCAAGGAAGCUAUCAAGAAGGACGAUAGCUUAGCGAAGUGCAAGUUCUUAACCACAUUCCUUGAGGGGAAGCAGUGGAUGAGGAAACAGUCUAGUGAGGGUGUUCAAAGUACUUCAAAGCCUGGCUUUAUAGUUGAAGAUGAUGAAAUGGAGGUUGUGGAAGAUGAUCCUGAUGCUGAGGAUGAUGAAGACGUGUUUGAUUCGGUUUGUGCGAUCUGUGACAAUGGUGGCGAGCUUUUGUGCUGCGAGGGAAGGUGUAUGAGGUCAUUUCAUGCAACAGCAGAAGCUGGUGAAGAUUCCACGUGCGAGUCCCUAGGACUUACAAAUGCUGAAGUGGAGGCAAUACAGCAAUUUCUCUGCAAAAAUUGUGAAUACAAGCAGCAUCAAUGCUUUGUUUGUGGGAAAUUGGGCUCCUCAGAUAAGUCCUCUGGUGCCGAGGUCUUUGCCUGUGUCUCUGCAACCUGUAGCCGCUUUUACCAUCCACACUGUGUUGCAAAAUUGCUCCAUCCUAAAGAUGCAGAUGCUGCAAAGGAACUUCAAAAAAAUAUUGCUGGAGGGAAAUCUUUUACUUGCCCUAGUCACAAAUGCUGCGUUUGUGGUAAAGGAGAAAAUAAGAAGAUGCCCGAGUUACAGUUUGCCGUGUGCAGGCGCUGCCCUAGAUCAUACCAUAGAAAAUGCUUGCCUAAGGAAAUUGCUUUUGAAGAUACAGAGGAUGAAGAAACAAGGGCAUGGGAGGAUUUACUGCUCAAUCGUAUAUUGAUAUACUGCCUAAAGCAUGAGCUUGAUCAAGGACUCGGGACUCCAGUCAGGGAUCACCUAAAAUUUCCCCAUGUAGAAGAGAAAAAGACAGCUAUAAGUGGGAAGAGGAAAAAACCAACGCGGGAGUUGCCUGCAGGCAUAGAAAAAAAAGUGGCAGAGAAGUCACCUGCUUCAGAUGAAUACCUGAGUAGAACGCCUAGGAAAACAUCAGAUCAGAAGGAAAGAUUAUCUUCUCUGGCCAAUGGAAGUUUAAAAAGCAAAAGGGCCAAGGUAUCCACUGAACAAGAAAUUCCGAAGAAAGCCAAAGUGACAAAUGCAUCUGGACAGUCUUCAAAGGAUAACAAGAAGUUGGGUUCACUGGCUGGGGGAAAUUCCUCAGCAGCCAAGGAAAAGGAAGACACUGUCUCCUUGGGUGAAAGGUUAUUUUCUCUUUAUAUGGAGGGCUCAGAGACUGAGCAAGUAGAUGCUGUGAAACAAGAUAAGACUCUUGCUUCAGAAACUACAUUGAAGAAGUUAGACAGUUCUCUGCCCCCAUUAGAUGCUGAUUCAGAGAGGAGGAUUCGAGAUAUAAUAAAAGAUGCAACAUCCUCAGUGAGUAUGCAAGAUGUGUUAGAAAAGCAGAAACUUCCAUCUACUCAUACACAAUCCCUUAAGUCUAAUGUAGACAAAGCAAUUACUAUGGGAAAGCUGGAGGGUGCCGUUGAGGCUGUUCGGACAGCAUUGCAGAAGAUAGAGGAAGGUGGAAGCAUUGAAGAUGCACAAGCAGUUUGUGAUCCGGAUGUUUUGAGCCAGCUGUUUAAGUGGAAGGACAAGCUCAAAGUAUAUCUUUCACCAUUUAUUUUUGGAAUGCGCUACACAUCCUUUGGUCGACACUUCACGAAAGUGGAUAAGCUUGAAGAGAUUGCUGACAAGCUGCAUUGGUAUGUUGAAAAUGGUGAUACGAUUGUUGAUUUCUGCUGUGGUGCAAACGAUUUUAGUUGCCUAUUGGAAAAAAAGCUCAAAGAAACAGGGAAGAAGUGCUCAUACAAGAAUUAUGAUCUAUUCCCAGCAAAGAACACGUUCAAUUUCGAGAAAAGGGAUUGGAUGACUGUCAGUCCAAAAGAGCUGCCUGCUGGGAAUAAACUGAUCAUGGGCCUUAAUCCUCCCUUCGGUGUCAAUGCGGCUUUGGCGAACAAGUUUAUCGAUAAAGCUCUUGAAUUUAAACCAAAACUUCUCAUCCUCAUCGUUCCACCAGAGACGCAAAGGUUAGAUAAGAAGAAGUUUGCGUAUGAUCUGGUCUGGGAGGAUGAUAAUUUCUUAUCAGGAAAGUCAUUUUACUUGCCUGGGUCUGUUGAUGAGAGCGACAAACAAAUGGACCAGUGGAACUUGAACGCUCCACUCCUCUAUCUUUGGAGCCAUCCCAAAUGGACUUCGAAACACAAGGCUGUAGCCCAAAGGCAGGGCCAUCUAGAAGACAAAAGCAAUGCUACUGAGUUUCCUGAUUAUUCAGGAGCUGAUCGAAGUAAGCAGGGUGGUGUGCCUUCAGUAUCUAAUGGUGAUAUUCUCAGACAAAAUGAGAGGGCUGAAGAGACCAAAGAGAGUAAGGUUGUGACUGAAGGCCAGAAUGGAAGCUUCUCGCUCGGCAAUAGCAGGAAAGACGGUCCUGAAAAUCAGGAGAGUCAGUCUCCUGAGGAUUCUAGAAAGAGGCAAUGUGAUAAAAUGGCCAUGGAAAUAUCUCGCCCUUCACCAAGGGAGACAAAUGCGAGAUCUCCUUUCAGUGUGCAGUCUAGAAACUCAUCGGACAUGUCUCUAGCUGCUAAUAUUGGGGGGAGUAAUCAUCAAUCUCACGUUGAGAAUUUGCAUCCUGAGUUUGAGGAAGAUUAUACUUUGGGAUUGGACAACAUAAUUGAGGAUAUCGGAAGGACAUAUGGCCUCAACAAUGAUGAGUACCUCGUAAGUGAGAGGCUUUCAAACAGUUUGAGCCCUCAUCCUGAGUACAGGGCUCGGAACUUGGAGGAGCCUCACAUGGGGCAUCUGAGAGAGAGACCAGAUGGUUAUGGAUCUUCCUCCACCACUGAAGCAGACGAGAGGUACUGGAGAGAACUCGACAUGAGAACACAGGUCCGUCUCUAUGGUUGGCAAGAGUCUGACAUGUCCCAGAGAACCUCUUACCCCGUGGUGCCUGACUUACCAUAUCCCCAGGCACGACCCACUUCAUCCACCUACGGGCCGGUGGCCUCGCCCUUGACUGAACUGUCUUAUCGGAUGACCACUUCAACAAUGCAGAGGUAUGCCCCCCGUCUCGAUGAGCUGAACCCACCAAGGAUGGGUAGCGGGGUAGGACCUGAUCCUCUGGGGAUGAGCAGGCCCGGCCCAUCAAGGAUGGGUGGCGGGGGAGGACCUGAUCCUGUGGGGAUGAGCAGGCCCGAACCAUCAAGGAUGGGUAGUGGGGGAGGACCUGACCCUCGGGGGGUGAGCACGCUUGGUUUCCGUGACCUGAGAGCACCUCAUCCAGGAGAAUAUCACGGACAUCAGCAAGGCUUUGCGUCGGGCCCGUACAAUCCAUUCUCCCAUACGAAUUCUUCAGGCUGGCUCAACGAAUAGGGAAUGCUGCGAAUGUUCAUAUUCCAGGUCAUUCUCUUUGCGUUUUGGCCAAAGGAAAUGUUACAAUGUCAAGUCCAUGUAUGUGAGCACAUAGUAUGCCAGGCUUGUCCUUAGGUGCCGUUUAAGAUUUCCAAUAGCUUGACUGGUAGAUAUAAAGCUGAAGCAGGAGUUUAGACUACUUUUUGUUCCAUGAGAUGCAUGCACUAUAUAGUUGCUUUGUGUCAUGAAGAUAACAAUCCUGUAUUACUCGAUCGAUGGUGCAUCUGGGGCAACAUUGGAAGAGAAACAAAAGAGCCCAAUUGGGCAUCAAAAGAAUGAUUUUCUGGGAAGCCUUUAGGAAAUCACAUAAAGCUGAGCUCUUCGGAAUCUGUACCAAAAGAUGUAUCCAAGUUCUUUUGGGGAAACUCGUUUAUGAAGUGAUCUUGAAUUUCUUA